GUAUAAUAAAAUCAUGGAUAUGUAAUAUAUUUAAGAUUUGUUUUGGCGUUUGGAGGCUCUACCACCAUUGCGGGAGUACAGCAGGUCUGAUCUAUCAAGACCCACUCAACCAGCAGCAAUGGGUGAUGUGGAUCCUGAAACAUUGCUGGAAUGGCUCUCCAUGGGCCAGGGCGAUGAAAGAGAAAUGCAGUUAAUUGCCCUGGAACAAUUAUGUAUGCUCCUGUUGAUGUCAGAUAAUGUAGAUCGAUGUUUCGAGAGUUGUCCUCCUCGAACGUUUCUCCCCGCACUAUGCAAGAUAUUUCUGGACGAAAUGGCUCCCGAGAGCGUGCUUGAAGUGACUGCACGCGCUCUCACCUAUUACCUGGACGUGAGUGCUGAAUGCACCAGGCGUAUUGUCGCGGUCGAAGGCGCUGUCAAAGCCGUCUGCGGACGAUUGGCGGUCGCCGAACUUGCUAGCCGUGCCAGCAAAGAUCUAGCUGAGCAAUGCAUAAAGGUUCUGGAGCUAAUCUGCACCCGCGAAGCUGGUGCUGUGUUCGAGGGCGGUGGUUUGACAUGUGUAUUGACGUUUAUUAGAGAAAGUGGUUCACAGGUACAUAAAGAUACCCUGCAUUCAGCUAUGGCUGUUGUAUCUCGUUUGUGCAGUAAGAUGGAACCCCAAGAUGCAUCUUUGCCAGAUGUUGUUGAAAGCUUAAGCACAUUACUCAGACAUGAGGAUUUGCAUGUUGCUGAUGGAGCUCUCAGAUGCUUUGCUUCUGUGGCCGAUCGGUUUACACGUAGAGGCGUUGAUCCUGCCCCGCUUGCUGAACAUGGUUUGGUUAGUGAAUUAUUAGCUAGACUGGGAAAUGCUGCUGGCCCUGCUAUAACAGGCGCAAUUUCUGUAGGACCGGUUUCAGCCUCUGGUAGUUCUCAGGCCCUUAUGGUGCCUCCAGCACAGGAGCAUCAUCAUGAUCAAACAAGAUCAGGAAGUGUUGGAACAGUUAUAUCCUUACUUUCCACUUUAUGCAGAGGCUCUCCUACUAUCACACAUGAUUUAUUACGUUCUGCGCUACCAGAGGCUUUGGAGCAUGCACUUCAAGGUGAUGAGCGUUGCACCUUGGAUUGCAUGCGUUUAGCAGAUUUACUGAUGCUUUUGUUGUUCGAGGGUCGACGCGCUCUUGGUCGCCCUUCGGCUGCUUUGGUCGCCAGCACAUCCAGUACUGGUACUCACCUCAUCCCUAGAUUAAGGCGUAUGGACUCUGUUGGUGAAAAGACCCACCGGCAACUCAUUGAUUGUAUAAGAUCUAAAGAUACAGAUGCUCUUAUUGAAGCUAUUGAUAGUGGCGGAGUUGAGGUAAACUUCAUGGAUGAUGUGGGCCAAACAUUAUUGAAUUGGGCUUCAGCUUUUGGCACACAAGGAAUGGUAGAUUUUCUAUGUGAAAGAGGUGCUGAUGUAAAUAAAGGUCAGCGUAGCUCAUCAUUGCAUUAUGCUGCUUGUUUUGGUCGCCCAGGGAUAGCAAAGGUACUUCUGCGUUAUGGUGCUAAUCCUGAUUUAAGAGAUGAAGAUGGCAAGACACCACUUGAUAAAGCAAGGGAGAGAGUUGAUGAAGGCCAUCGUGAUGUGGCCGCCAUAUUACAAUCACCUGGUGAAUAUAUGGUACCUAUAGAAAGACCAGCUAUUGGAAUGAAUAAAACAGUCUCUGGUGGAACUUUGUCUGAAUGCAAAGGAACAGGAGAAGUUGGUGAUUCUGCCAUUUUGGGAAAUUCAGAGGCAAUAGAUCAAAUAGAAUCCAAUCCACAAUCCAAUUAUGAACUUAAAGGAGACCCUGAAAUGGCACCUCUUUAUGUCAAAAGAUUAUUGCCAGUCUUUUGCAAUACUUUUCAGUCAACAAUGCUGGCUAGUGUGCGUAAGGCUAGUUUAGGUCUUAUUCGGAAAAUGGUGCAUUAUGCGCAGCCUGAAUUGCUGAGUGAACUAUGUACUGUUGAUAUGAAUGUUGGAACUAUAUUGGUCGAAGUCAUUGCAACGGUUUUGGACAAUGAGGAUGACGAUGAAGGACAUCUAGUUGUAUUAGGAAUCAUAGAAGAACUUAUGUGCAAGGUGCCAGAAGUAUUCUUAGAUCACUUUGCUCGCUUAGGUGUUUUUGCAAAAGUACAAAUGCUAGCAGGCCCUCAAGAUCAAUCGAUAGAAACAGAAAUAAAAAAUGAUGUGGAAAUCACACAGGCUCAAGCAGAGACAGAUGGAAGUGAGGACGCUAAAGAAAUUUUGCCAGGAAGAGCAUAUCAUUGGCGUGACUGGUGUGUGUGCAGAGGAAGAGAUUGUCUCUAUGUAUGGUCUGAUGCAGCAGCUUUGGAACUUUCGAAUGGUUCAAAUGGAUGGUUUCGAUUCAUACUGGAUGGUAAAUUAGCUACAAUGUACUCUAGUGGCAGUCCCGAAGGAGGCACUGAUAGUUCAGAAAAUCGUGGCGAAUUUCUGGAAAAACUUCAACGAGCUCGAUCAGCUGUAAAGCCCAAUGUAAGUUCGCAACCAAUUCUGUCCAAACCAGGUCCUGUAAGACUGGUUGUUGGAAACUGGGCAUUAGCUAGUAAGAAGGAACAAGAAUUACACAUUCAUAAUUCUGAUGGACAUCAACAAAGUACAAUACUGAAAGACGAUUUACCAGGGUUUAUUUUUGAAAGUAACCGAGGCACCAAGCACUCAUUUAUCGCCGAAACCAGCCUUGGUCCUGAAUUCACAUUAAGCUGGAUAAAUAAACGCAAUAAACGUCUGCGUUCCAAAGCAGAGGCUGUGAAAGUCCAAAUUAAAACUCUAGCCAGUGAUCUUUAUAAUAGAUAUUUCAAGGCAGCUCAAGCUGUACCUCGGGGUGCAGUUGCCAAAUUAGUUGCAAUAGUUUCACAAAUUGAAAAAGCGUGUCUCAAGCAGUAUCAAAGUGCAAUAUCGGAGUGCAAGGAUACAGGGGAAAAUGACUGGCGUCAUAUUUUGGAGACUGCUUUAGGUGAUCUAUUGAGCAUUCUUUAUGAAGAUGGUAUUGUCAGUGCUUAUGAAUUGCAGAGUUCAGGAUUAGUUCAAUCACUGUUAACGCUUCUUUCAGUUAAUUAUUGGUGUCAAGGUUUGCCAACAAACAAAGCCGCAAAACUUCAGCGACAACGUGUUGCUUUAUUCAAACAAUGUUUUCAAGAAGGAGUUAACAAUAUAAUGAACAAAGGUGAACAAUUUGAUAUCAGUCCUAAGCCAGCCAGCAUCCUCGUUCAAAAAUUAGUGUCUGUUCUUGAGAGCAUUGAAAAAUUGCCCAUAUACACCUAUGAUACACCUGGGACAGGUUAUGGUUUGCAAAUUUUGACAAGGCGUUUAAGAUUUCGAUUAGAAAAAUCUGCAUCAGAAACUACUUUGCUGGAUCGAACAGGAAGAAAUUUAAAGAUGGAGCCCUUAAGUACAGUUGCUCAACUGGAAAAGUACUUAUUGAAAAUGGUAGCAAAGCAGUGGUAUGAUAUGGAGCGUAGUACAUUUACUUAUUUGAAGAAGUUGAAAGAUUCUAAAAUGACAUUUAGACAUCAACAGGAUUUUGAUGAGAAUGGUCUAAUUUAUUAUAUAGGCUCUAAUGGUAAAACUACUGAUUGGGUGAACCCAGGACAAUACGGACUUGUUGUUGUAUUCAGUUCUGAUGGAAAGAGUUUACCUUACGGAAAGUUAGAAGAUAUAUUAUCACGAGAUAAUGUCUCUAUUAAUUGCCACACAAAUGAUGACAAAAGAGCCUGGUUCAGUAUAGAUUUGGGUGUGUUUAUAAUUCCUACCGCUUAUACUUUACGCCACGCUCGCGGAUAUGGAAGAUCAGCACUUCGAAAUUGGUUGUUCCAAAUGUCUAGAGACGGUGUGACUUGGACUACAUUGUAUGUCCACUCUGAUGAUAAAAGUCUAUUUGAACCUGGCAGUACUGCCACAUGGCCAAUAGAAGUCACGCUUGAUGAAACUCAAGGAUACAGACACGUACGUAUUCAGCAAAAUGGUAAAAAUGCAUCUGGGCAGACUCAUUACUUAAGCCUCUCUGGUUUUGAGAUUUAUGGGCAAGUUGUAUCAGUCUGUGAAGAUUUAGGAAAAGCUGCAAAAGAGAUUGAAGCACGUAUUAAGAAAGAAAGAAGAUUGUUGCGUAGUCAGAUAAAACAUAUUCAACCAGGAGCUCGAGUUGUGCGUGGCAUUGAUUGGAAAUGGCGUGAUCAAGAUGGCUCACCACCUGGUGAGGGAACUAUCACUGGUGAUAUUCACAAUGGAUGGAUUGAUGUAAAAUGGGACCAUGGAAUACGAAAUUCUUAUCGUAUGGGUGCCGAAGGCAAAUAUGACUUGCGUCUACUUAAUUACGACCAUGACGUAGUUGUCUGCAAACCUUUAGCUUUACCUCUUCAUAAUAAAAAAAGUGAUGGCGAUAAUAAUAAGACUAGUGUUUUAACCAGCCGAAAAUCCAGCUCUACGCCCAGCUUACCCGAAGCAACUGAUGGACAGAUCAAGAAUUCUGUUGCAUCUACAGAACAGGCAGCUUCUGCCGAUAAUUUGGCAGCAAAACAAGCCGCCGAAGCGAUUGCAGAGAGUGUACUUUCAUGCGCUCGAGCUGAGAUAGCUGUAAGUUCUGAUGGAUCAGCUAAUAAUCAGACUGAAGUAUCUGUUGUGGUGCAUUCCUUAAGAGAAAGAGAGCCGCACAAUGAUCUAUCAGCUAUAAAUAAUUCCACACAAGCUUUAAACAGCAGUAUAUCUACUGAUCUUGAAACUAUUGUGGAAAGUCUGAUUUUAAAUGAGGCAAUGCCCACUAAAAACACAGCUAGUUCUAGUAACAAUAAUCAAUUGCGCAGGCAACAGAGUUCCUCAGAUGAUAACAAAGCUUCCAAGUCUUCAAAUAACCAAAAGAGUAGUAUUGUAUCUAGCAACUCCACCAAUAAUUUAAACAAAUCUUCAUAUAGGCAUAAGUUGAGCAAUAGUGUUGUGCAACAAAAUAUUUCAUCCUUGGACCAUGGAUUGUUGAGUGCGGAGGCUGUAGAAGUAUUAGAUAAAAUGCGAGAAGGAACUGAUUUAUUUAGAAACAACACGAACAAUAUUUUAUCUAGCGAUCUGUUACAGCUUCCUCCAGGUAUUUUAAUGGGUAAUACAGCCAAUUCUCUAGGCCUUAUGGCCGCAACUUUAGCGCCGUCUCUUAGAAUAUCGGUUGCUUCUCAUAACGAUCAGAACACUGAAAAUUCAUCCGAAAAUUCGCGUAUGUCAGCUUUCAGAUACAAGAAAAGUUCAGGAUCGAUUGAUAAAUAUUCAAAUAAACAAGUCGAUGAAGGAUGUACUGGAAGUGGUAAAGAUGAUGCUGAGUUGAACGCGAGGAAUAGUACUAACAAUUCCAAUCCAAUGAGUGUUAGUGUACCAAACUUAGCAAGUGAAAGCAAUAAUCAAAUUGAAACUACCUCAACUGCUGGACUGUUAGAAACGUUUGCAGCAAUGGCUAGACGCAGAACGUUAGGAAGCGUAAUAUCUCAGGUGGGCGGCGGCAGUGCUACCGCAACGACCACUGCACAAUCACAGCCUACCACAGGAGGCGUAUCAAACGUGAUCGCCAAUUGCCAGACAUCAAAUAAUCAGCAUUCUGGCGGCGGCGUGACCGGAUCCUUCUUUCCUCGAGGACCCAAUUCCGUUUCUAGUCUGGUGCGUUUGGCUUUAUCAAGUAAUUUCCACGGAGGUUUUCUUAGCACUGCUCAGAGCUAUCCAAGUCUGACCAGCAAUAUUAACAAUGCCGGAGCAAAUAACUCGCAGAGUAUCUCUAAUAAUGAAAAUCAAGUUCCAUGUCUUAGUCAAGCACUAACUAUGAGUUUGACUUCAACUAGCAGUGACAGCGAGCAGGUAUCCUUAGAAGACUUCUUAGAAUCUUGUAGAGCACCUACAUUGCUUGGUGAGCUGGAAGAUGACGAAGAAAUUGAGGAUGAGGAUAAUGACGACGAUGAGAACGAGGAUGAUGAAGAUUAUGAUGAAGUCAGUCAGGUCAUGGUCUCACGUAAUCUGCUUUCAUUUAUGGAAGAUGAAGGUUUUGAAACUAGAGCUACCCCAGCGGUGGCUCCCCCGGGAUCUAAACGUAGGUCUUGGGAUGAUGAAUUUGUAUUAAAGAGACAAUUUUCUGCCUUGAUACCGGCAUUUGAUCCUAGGCCCGGUCGCACAAAUAUCAAUCAAACUACAGAUAUUGAAGUACCAGCACCAGACGCCGGUGCCGAAUCUCCUAUUCCAGGGCUUGAUGGUGAUGGGCCUGCAAAACCCCAAUUACAACUUAUUCUCAAAGGACCCAAUUUACCAGGGGUGCCUGAUAUUGAAAUUCCAUUGGAAUCGUGCGAAUGGAGUAUAUUCCGGGCUGUACAAGAGCUGAUUCAACUUUCUGAAAUUGGAUCCAAGCAAGAUAAACAACGAAGAGUUUGGGAACCUACGUACACCAUAAUUUAUCGAGAAGCCCGUGACGAAGAUGCGGAUGAAGGAGGCCGUAUGACACCUCUUGUAACUUUAUACUCACGAAGCGGUGCUAGUUCCAUAGCCGGUACUACUUUAUCACCUUCCUCUCCAUCACAGCAAAAUGCACAACAAAACACAUCAUGUACAGUUGAAGAUGUUUUACAACUGCUGCGACAUCUAUUUGUUGUCACCAGUUCGGACGGCAUAGCUCUUUCACCUGAUCUAUUUACGAGCAAGAAAAUUACAAAUAAAUUACUACAGCAAAUACAAGAGCCCCUGGUUUUGGCAAGUGGUGCCCUUCCCCAAUGGUGUGAAGAACUAAAUCAAUGCUGUUCUUUUCUAUUUCCUUUUGAGACUAGGCAGUUGUAUUUUAAUUGCACUGCUUUUGGGGCUUCAAGGAGUAUAGUUUGGCUACAAACUCAACGUGAUGUGUCACUAGAAAGGCAAAGAACACCAGGGUUAAGUCCGCGAAGAGAUGAUCCACAUGAAUUCAGGGUUGGACGCCUUAAACAUGAGCGUGUUAAAGUACCUCGUGGUUCAGGACUGCUAGAUUGGGCUGUGCAAGUAAUGAAACUUCAUUGCACUCGUAAAUCUAUUCUGGAAGUGGAGUUCUCUGGAGAAGAAGGCACAGGUCUUGGUCCAACAUUGGAAUUCUAUGCAUUAGUUGCAGCAGAACUACAAAGGCGUGAUCUUGGUUUGUGGAUAUGUGAUGACGAUGAAACUAAGUCACAGGGAUCAAUUGAUCUGGGAGAAGGUGUGAAACCAAUAGGUUAUUAUGUAAGACGUGAAGCCGGCUUAUUCCCAGCGCCUCUACCUCAGAAUUCUGAAGCCUGUACAAAAGCUGUGAAAUACUUUUGGUUCCUGGGAGUUUUUCUUGCCAAAGUAUUACAAGAUAAUCGUCUAGUUGAUUUUCCAUUAUCUCAAAGCUUUCUCAGGUUAAUGUGUCAUGGUGAGAUACAAGAUACUGUUAAUAAUAGGAUAAGAAAUAGGAGAAAAGUUGAUGAUAUAAUGACAUCAAGCUUAACGAAUUCUGAAGCAAGCAGUAAAAAUGCCGAUCAGGGCUCAGAAACUUCUGGAUUUUAUGGUGUUUUGGAAGAUAAAAUGCCAUGGUACUAUGGUGUUUUAUCAUUGGAUGAUUUGAAAGAGCUUGAUCCUGUCAGAGCAGAAUUUUUAUUACAAUUAAAAAAUCUAAUUAAAAGAAAGAAAUCAAUUGAAAGCGAUUCUACUUUGACCGCAGAUCAAAAAUCUAAAAAAAUAUGUGAUUUAAAAUUAAAUACAAACUCUGGAGAAGUAGAUAUAUCUGAUUUGACACUUACGUUCACUUAUAUGCCUAGCUCUAGAGUAUUUGGUUUUGAUCAUGUAGAACUCAUACCAAAUGGUGCAGAUAUAGAAGUAACUAUUGAAAAUUUAGAGCAGUAUAGUGACCUAACAAUUAGUUUUUGCUUAGAUGAAGGUAUAAGGAAACAAUUGGAUGCUUUCCAUAAAGGGUUUUCACAGGUGUUCCCAAUGGAAAAAUUAUCAGCAUUUAGUUCACAAGAAAUUCGUGUCAUGCUUUGUGGUGAUCAGCAUCCUCAAUGGACUAGAGAAGAUCUAUUAAACUAUACUGAACCUAAGCUUGGUUACACAAAAGAAAGUCCUGGUUUCUUGCGUUUUGUAAAUGUUCUUUUGGAUAUGUCUGGAGAAGAACGCAAAGCAUUCCUGCAGUUUACAACUGGAUGUAGUUCCUUGCCACCUGGAGGUUUAGCUAAUCUUCACCCCCGAUUGACAAUUGUUAGAAAAGUGGAUGCCGGUGAAGGCUCCUAUCCUUCAGUUAACACUUGUGUUCAUUAUCUUAAGCUUCCGGAUUAUCCGACGGAGCAAUUAUUAAAGGAGAGGUUAUUGGCAGCCACACAAGAAAAGGGCUUCCAUUUAAAUUAAUUGAAUGGAAGUGACUGUAUUUCUUACUUUAAUGUAUUAUUUUUUGUCAUUUAAGUAAUAUUUUUUAUCAUAAACAAUAC